CUUUUCCCGUAGAGGCUGCGGGGAGUGGGCGAGGGGCUGCUGGCGAAGGUCACAGUGCAAUGGAUGUGAGAGGAGAUUCCAUGAGGAUGACUGUACACCUGCUUGCAAACACUGGACAUGCAAUGCACUUGCAACAAGCUCUUGAUCAACUUCAAGAAUGGAUCUGCCUGGACAUCCGCCUCUUUCUUGUCUCAGAACGCCCUUCUCCAAUUAAGUAUUAUGAGACAUACCGCCAAAAGAGUUCCAGGUUUCCUAGUACUUCUGUGCUCCUUUUUUUGCAUGAGGACUUUGGAGAAGAACGGUUUUUCCAGGUCCAUGACUUCUUCCAACAUCCACCAUGGCAGCCUGUCCACAUUGAGUGUCCCAACAGAAAGCUACCCCUCCAUGCUCUUGAUCAUCAGGACUUCUAUGGACUGGAUGAGCAUAUGCCAAUAUGGGGCCUGAGACAAGUUCACUAUGGCAUGGAAAUCCUGCGUGUGACUCUCUAUUGUAGCUUUGAUAAUUAUGAGGAUGCAGUAAGGCUUUAUGAGACAAUCCUGCAGAAAGAAGCAUCUGUCCAAAAAAGUGGCUUCUGUGCUUUUCUACUGUACACAACACGGAGCCUUGUGGUUCAGCUCUGCUUGAAGCAGCUGCCUUUGGGGAUGAGUGUUGAACUGAAGGAAUCUUCAGUAUUGCAGUUCAAAGUGUAUGAAAUUGGAGAGCUGGUUCCACUUUUGCCCAAUCCCUGUGUCCCAAUAAGCAAUACUAGGUGGCAAACAGAAGACUAUGAAGGAAAUAAGAUCCUGCUGCAGGUUCAGAGCAGAGGCUCAAAGCACAAUGGAACUCAGUCUCUAAUUUCUAAUUGGCGCAACAGCACUGAUGAGAAAGGAUCUCCCCAUUACUGCUGUGAUUUAUGCUCCAGUGUACCUUCAAUGGCUCCCAGAACUGCUGUUCAGCAGAAAAACCGGACACUUCGAGCCAUGAAAAAUAAAAACAAAUCCUCAAGGAGGAUGGUUCAAAAUCCUGCACAUCUUUUCAUCCCUUCACAAAGCAGCUUUAAUUCUUCCUCAAGUUUGUAUAAUAUAGCACAUUCUUCUUUGCAAGAUUUAAGCCCUUCCCCGAUGAACCUGGGCACUAAAUUGAGACAUUCCAGCCAUGAGCUCUGGCUAUGCGAGAACAAAGCAGAGGAGGAGGAAGAAACUAACGUUGACACAGGCAAGAGAGUAGCACCUUUUAAAUGUGCUAACUCUCCCCUAAACAGAUUUUCCAAGGACUUACAAAAAGAACUUCUUCCUUCCCAGGCACCAAACAGUUCAUUUAUGGGAGCAGAUUUGCGUUCUGAGGACAGGAACUCUCUAUUGUCUUUGCAUCUUGCUGAAAUUAAUAAAAGAUCAGGAUUUAGUCGUUUUCAGCUGAGCACAUCAGAAGAAAGUGAUGGGAAUGAGAAAGAUGAAGAGUUUUUUAUAUGAUUUGAAACUUUGUUGCAGUGGUGGAUUUCAAAAUUUUUAGAACCACCUCUGUAGGUGUGGCGUGCUUUGUGA